AUUCUGGCAACCGUGCUCUACAACUUUCAUACAUUGUACCAAUGAUAAGCUGUAUGUGAAUUAGGUACCGUGCUCAUAUAUGAUUUCUGUUCCGCCAUGGCACCAAGCGUCCAUCAGGUUGCCCAAAUCUUCGAGGACGCUGAAAGCGAACCUCAACAACGAGGCCGGCGCCUUAAUCACAAUCGUACACCUUCUGCGGGCGAGGCUCUGAAAGGCCGACGGAAAGAAACUUACAGUCCUACAAAGCUGUCGAAACAACCGGCACGCGAAACACUUGGUUCUGCAAGUCCCCUUGGUGAACGACACAUCAACAGCCCUCCCCCACCGAAGCGAGUACCUACCAAAACGGGUGAUGAGCCACUGCCACCUCAACGGCCUGCCCACAAGAAAACUGGAAGUUCGGUUUCGCUGAAAGGCUUUCUACGGGGUAGAGAGAGGAACGAAGGUGACAACAUUGCAUCAACAGAAGAACAAGUGGUAGAGAACAAGCCUAAGAAGGUCAAAUCUGCCACAAAUUUGACAGGUCUGCUGAAGCGCAAGUCCAAGAAAGACCUCAAAGAAGAAGCAAGAGACCGAGAGAAUACAGCACCUGCGCAACAAAGUCCAUUCGAACUUCCAACACCCAUUUGGGCUCAGUUCGCGACCCAGCCAGUUAAGGAUACAGACGGCACAAUGUUGUACCCGGUAGCAAAGAGAAGGACUGUUGAGGAGGAGAUCAGGCUGUACACACCCAAAGACUUCUCCGAAUUCCGGCCAGCAGAGCAGAGAAACUUCUACGGGUACGGUCCGGCUACUCCUUCAUCGCUCGAUCACAAACCGCCGCAGAGACCUUUCUUGGAGCACAAGUCUAGCAGGAGCUCUAUAUUCACAGAAGAACUGGAUGAUGAGCCCAAACCUGACCUCAAGCGGCCCAGGAGCCGAGAUCAAGAGAACAAGCGACCAGAGUCAUCCUCAUCCUCGGCUGCACGACCAGGACUCGAGAGCCGAUCCUCAGAAUUAUCUCAAUCAUCACAAUCACCAGACAAGAAGGCGAAGAGAGGCUCACGAGUGCUUGAAGCGAUCCAGAGUUUUAACAUGAGGUCUCCUCGCAAGGGUGGGGCGGGGGAUGUAAAGGCUACUGCGGCUACACCGGUCAGCCCUCAGGAGAUAGACACUGCAUUUGAAAAGGUGCUGGACUCACUGAAUAUACCCCUCAACAUGCGGGACAACAUGCGAAACCUGAAAUCAGACGUCAAAGCCGGUCUGAUGAAAGGAGAACGCGUCGGCAGCGGCUCGUCGACGAACUCGGCAGGUUGCGAUGCAAGUGACAUCCGCUCAUCGGCAAGAAGUCCUCAGAAGAAAGACAGCGAAAGCGGAGAGGCUAAAGAAGGCAAGAGAUCAAGCUCGCGUUCCAGACCUCGAAGCCGAAUCUUGACAUUCUCAAAGCGGGAAGACAGCCUAUCUGAAAAACCGGACAGACCGGGAUCAUCGUCAAGAUCUCGUAGUAAGAGCAGAAACAAGUCGGCUGACAUGACAAGCACCCGGCCAACAUCUUCACGCGCCAUGGCGUCAACUAUGUCACUCGCGUCUGUAAAUUCAGCUGAUAGUGCGACGACCCCAGGCGAUUUCAUCCACUACCUUCAAGAAGUCCAGAAGCCAGAGCUGGUCGAGGUUAGCAAGCUGCACAAGCUGAGGAUUCUGUUGAGGAACGAGUCAAUCAGCUGGACUGAUCAUUUCGUGACCAAAGGUGGAAUGGACGAGCUUGUCCAAUUGUAUUACCGCAUCACCAAGAUCGAAUGGCGCGAAGAGCAUGAAGAUAGCCUCCUGCACGAGACACUCUUGUGCUUGAAGGGGCUGUGUACAACUUCUCUUGCGCUUCAACGACUUCAACAAGUGGAAAAGGAAUUCUUCCCUGCGCUUCUGGGCAUGUUGUUUGACCCGGAGCGAAAAGGACCAGCAGAAUUCAGCACAAGAGCAGUGAUAGUCUCGCUUCUUUUUGCCCACCUUUCAGCUGCCAUUGAUGAGGACCAUGGGAAAUUGCAAGAGCGUGUUCAGACGGUCCUUGGAUUCCUCAAGGACCCAGCUCCAAAGGACGACAAACAGCCUCUGGAAUUUGUCUCACAAAUGCAUCUCCCUCGACCGUACCGCGUUUGGUGCAAAGAGGUUGUCAACGUGACCAAGGAAGUUUUCUGGAUAUUCCUGCAUCACCUCAAUGUCGUUCCUGUUGCCCAGGUUGACGAAAGUGUUGGGUAUCUGCGAGCACAUUAUCCAGCUCCUCGUCCACCUCAUCCGGCAGCUCCCUACGUAGGUGGAGUUGAAUGGGAAGCUACUCAGUACCUCGCCAUCCACUUGGACCUACUGAAUGGAAUCAUCGCAGCCCUACCGACAAGAGAAGCACGCAACACCCUGCGAGAAGACCUCAAGCAAUCUGGAUUCGAAAAGAUCAUGGGCGGUAGUUUGCGCACAUGCAAAGAGAAGUUCUACGGAGGUGUUCAUGAAGGGUUGAAAUGCUGGGUCUCGGCGGCCAAGGCAGAUGGCUGGUAUGUGGAGGAUGUCAGAGCCGGGCCACCACGCGAAGCAGCAAGUCCACGAAAGAGUCCGGUCAAGAAGAAGGGGGAUGCAGCUCCUCAGAUUGCUUUGGAUGUUGGCAUGCAGCAGGUGGAGAUGCCAAAGGUGGACGAUGUAUGGAUUUGAGAGUGGAAGCCUCUCCAAGUCUUCCCAACGGCAGGACUUAAGCGGCCAUGACUUGACGACGUGUGAUUUUCAUCGUUACACUGUGAAGGAGUAGGAUUGGAUUGUUGGUGGUGUUGUAGAGUGAGGGUUUCGUUAGCAGUAGGCGCAAAGUGGUCUAUGGCGAUGGAAUUGUUAAGAUCUCCAGCUUACCUGAUAAGUGAGGGUGUUUUUCCACGUGAUAAGGGUCGGAAACUGAUGUCACCAACCGCCGAUUACCAGCGAUUGGGGGGACCACCAACCAUACUCCGUACUGUGA